AUGCGCACAUCAUUUCGAAAAUGGCGGCUGUACAAGGUGGUCAGAUCGACCCGGAGGGUGAAAAAGAUAUUAAAACAGAACCAUCAAACGAUGGGUCAGGAAACAAUAAUGCAAACGAUGGAGGAGUACUUUCUUCAUCUCCUGGUGCCACGUCUUCUAGCGGAACAACGAAAACUUUAACUGCAGGGGCCGAAGAUCAGCAGACCUUGCUAGCGGUGUUGCAAUUUCUCAAGAGAAAUAAAUUGUCGGAGUCUGUAGACAUUUUGCGGCGUGAAGCCGGUUUAUCAGAUGAUGCAGAUGAUUCAAAGGUAUCGGAUACUGCAGGAUCGGGCUUGGGAAGUACCGUGAAUGUUGAUGCUGAAGGCGGGGAUGCCAACUCUCUUCUGAACCGGGUGACCAUAGCCACCGCCGCUCCCCCAGCCACAGCGGCACCGGCGCCAACAAAAGUGCCGGCGUCAGGCGGUGAGGAUCAACCCGACGUCAACGUUGUCCUGUCUGCAUACAGCCAGCAGGGGGAUCCCCCACUAUACCAAGUCUACUAUAGCGGCUUGAAGAAGUUUAUCGAGUCUGUUCUCGAUUGUCACCGAGCUGAGUUGUCCCAGGUCUUCUACCCUCUCUUCGUCCACAUGUACCUGGAACUUGUGUACAACAACCACGAGAUGGAGGCAAAGGCUUUCUUCGAAAAGUUCAGCGGGGACCAGGAGUGCUACUACGAGGAGGACCUGCGUAUCCUCUCCAGCCUGACCAAGAAGGAACACAUGAAGGGCAACGAGACCCUGCUGGACUUCAGGACCAGCAAGUUCGUCCUGAGGAUCUCCAGGGACUCGUACCAGCUCCUGAAGAGGCACCUCCAGGAGCGCCAGAACAACCAGAUUUGGAACAUCAUCCAGGAGCACCUCUACAUCGACAUCUUCGACGGCAUGCCGCGCAGCAAGGGCCAGAUCGACGCCAUGUCCGGGAGUCUGGCCGGGGAGGGCAAGAGGGAUGCAAACAAAGCUAAGGUGUUCUACGGCCUGCUGAAGGAGCCGGAGAUCGAGGUGCCCCUGGACGACGAGGACGAGGAGGCGGAGAACGAGGAGGGCAAACCCAAGAAGAAGAAGCCCAAGAAGGACAGCAUGGGCAACAAGAGCAAGAAGCAGGACCCCAACGCCCCCCAGCAGAACAGGAUUCCUCUCCCAGAGCUGAAGGACUCUGACAAGCUGGACAAAAUCAUGAACAUGAAGGAGGCUACUAAGAAGAUCAGACUGGGGCCGGACAACCUGCCCUCAAUCUGCUUCUACUCUUUCCUCAACGCAUACCAGGGUCUGACGGCGGUGGACUUCACGGACGAUUCCAGCCUGAUUGCGGGGGGCUUCGCGGACUCCACCGUCAGGGUGUGGAGCGUAACGCCCAAGAAGCUGCGCAGGGUCAAGUCAGCAGCAGACCUCAGUCUGAUAGACAAGGAGUCUGACGAUGUGCUGGAGAGGAUCAUGGAUGAGAAGACAGCCAGCGAGUCCAAAAUCCUCUACGGGCACAGCGGGCCAGUUUACGGCAUCAGCUUCAGCCCUGACAGGAACUACCUGCUGUCCAGUUCCGAGGACGGCACCGUGCGACUGUGGAGCCUCCAGACGUACACCUGUUUGGUGGGGUACAAAGGACACAACUACCCCGUCUGGGACACCCAGUUCUCCCCCUACGGGUACUACUUCAUCUCUGGAGGGCACGACAGGGUGGCACGUUUGUGGGCCACUGAUCACUACCAGCCGCUGCGUAUGUUCGCCGGCCACCUGGCGGACAUCACCUGCACCCGCUUCCACCCCAACUCUAACUACGUGGCCACCGGCUCGGCCGACCGCACCAUCCGCCUCUGGGACAUCCUCACGGGGAACUGCGUCCGCAUCUUAACCGGUCACAAGGGCCCUAUCCAUGCCCUGGCCUUCUCACCCAACGGGAAGUUCAUGGCGUCUGGAGCCACUGAUGGCAGAGUGCUGCUGUGGGACAUUGGCCACGGCCUGAUGAUAGGAGAUCUGAAGGGCCACACUGACACCAUCUACUCCCUCAAGUUCAGCAGAGACGGAGAGAUCCUCGCCUCAGCUUCCAUGGACAACACCGUCAAGCUAUGGGACUCCAUGAAGGCGUUCGACGAGUUGGAGACCGACGACUUCACCAUGGCCACGGGUCACAUCCAUUUACCAGAGAACUCCAAGGAGCUUCUACUGGGCACCUACCUGACCAAGUCGACCCCCGUCAUACACCUCCACUUCACCCGUAGGAAUCUACUGCUCGCUGCAGGCGCUUACAACCCCUGCUGAGAAACUGUACGGCUGCUGACAAUGAACAUUCUUAUAACUGAUCACCUCUUGUUUUCCUCCGAAAACUUUACUUGAUGAUGGGGGAAGGGACAGGAAUUCUACCAAUCCAAAGAAGGAUUCUUACAAUAGAAAUAUAUUCCAUUUGAAUUGACUGUAGACACCCAACUUGUGAAUGUCUUUCCGAUGGCAAUGAGAAAUAAUCUGUAGCAUUAUUAGCUCAGCAUAGUUAAGGCAAUGAAGGAAGACAAGUCGCUAAAUUUGCUAAUUCAUCUCAAAGCGACCCCUGGCUUGCUAAAUACAUGCAGCUCCAUCAAACAACAUAAAAAAAAAUAAAUUAAAAAAAGAAUUGAGAUCCUGACACCCCUUGCCUAAAAACAGUGCCAUUUCGAAACCAUGUUUUUACCACUGCCAUUAACACAGCCUAAAUGUUCCUGGCUGUCAUAGCUGUAUAGCCUUUUAUACCAGUGCAUAUUGUGUAAUUAAAAACAAGUUUUCUA